AGCACAACACACUUCUAUUUAUUAUUUAUUUAUCCCAUCUGCAAAAUUUGGGAAACAAGCGCCGCGUUAAAGGUGAUACUAGAAUUCAGAGCGAUCGUCUUGUUGCAGUCAUUUAUACCGACCGACAGAGGCGCGAAGAAGCAGACACUCAACGGUGUUAUGUGAUAAUGCCGUGUCACUACAAUCAAAUGGCCAGCAGACACGAACGAUUAAAGAACAUCAAUGAAAGAACAACAUGCAGCAAGAAAUGCUUCCGUCUCGCAUCGGACGUAGUGCGAACGAGUGAGAAGCGAUGAACGAAAGAAUAACGAUCCACCCAGAAUAAGAUUCUCUCCUCCUCCGGGAACAUCGAUGAGAUGCGAGAUACGAAACUAAACGCGUGCCGAACAGCUUCACACUUUGCUCUAGUCUGCCGAUUGCGACAGUAACUAAACGUUGUUCACCGGGUCUGGUUCGUUUUAUCGCACCAAAACAAAAGUGUUACACUACGUUACCGUGUGUGUUCUAGGUGAUCUGGGUGAAAAUGAAAGCAAUACAGUACGGUCCUAUCUCUUUGGCCCUGUGCAUCACGCUCGUUACGAUUCCGUGGACCGGUGGCUAUAUUGUCGAUCCCGGUCCAGUCGUGAAGGCUACCAAAGGAGAAAUAUGGCCCAAACCGAGGAACCAAACUACGGCUCAACAAUUCUACACCAUCAAAACGGGGACAUUUAGUUUCCAGUCCAUGAAUUUCAGCUGCGAUUUGUUGAAUAAAGCGCUCGAUCGUUAUCAAAAACUUGUGCUCUCUAUCGGCAACACUACCCGACGUGCGAUGGUCAACAGAGGAUACUCCUACCAAGCGAACAAUGCGUUGCGUGUCAACAAUGAUGGACAUCGUUCGUGGCGCUCGGAUCCAAACUGGGCUGGAUAUCUGGAACAAGUUAAAGUAGAUUUAAAGGCUCCCUGUGAAACUUUACCCUACCUUUCGAUGGACGAGGAAUAUACAAUCAUCAUUGAUGACUUUCAGGCACUUUUGUCCUCCUUCUCCGUUUGGGGUAUGCUGCGAGCAUUGGAAUCCUUUUCGCAAAUGGUUGUCCUUUCGGAUGAUGGCAGUAUGCUACGAAUUAACUCCACAACGAUUUACGAUGGUCCUCGCUUUUCGCACCGUGGCUUACUGGUGGAUACAUCGCGCCACUUCGUCGAUACCUGCACGCUGAUCAAAAUACUUGACGGAAUGGCGUACAACAAGCUAAAUGUGUUUCACUGGCAUAUCGUCGACGAUCAUAGCUUCCCGUACGAAAGUCGAACCUUCCCGGAGCUAAGCCAGCGAGGCGCUUAUCACCCGACCAUGGUGUACACCCAGGCGGAUAUAGCGCAGAUAAUCGAGGAAGCUACGCUACGCGGUAUACGAGUUAUGCCUGAGUUCGAUACUCCCGGCCACACCCGUUCGUGGGGCGUUUCGCAUCCAGAACUGCUUACCGAAUGCUACGAUCAGUAUCGUGGUAAACUCGGACCGAUGGAUCCAACGCGAGAAUCUACGUACACCUUCCUGUCCAGCCUGUUCCGAGAAGUGAUCGAAGUGUUCCCCGAUCGGUACGUCCAUCUCGGAGGAGAUGAAGUUGGGUUCGAGUGUUGGGCUAGCAAUCCCAACAUACUGGAGUACAUGAAACAGAAUCGGCUGUACUCGUUCGAGAUGCUGGAGGAAAAAUUCAUCCAACGCAUUGUCGAUCAAAUCGAUGUACUUAAACGCAGCUCACUUGUCUGGCAAGAGGUGUACGUGAAUGGUGUACGACUCCCGAACGGUACGGUGGUACACGUUUGGACCGGCAAUCGACAGGACCUGUUAAACAAGAUCACUCGCGAUGGAUUACCUGCACUGUUGUCCUCGUGUUGGUAUUUGGACCACCUUAGCACCGGUGGUGACUGGCGCAAGUUUUACAACUGUGAUCCUCACGAUUUUAUCGGUACGGGUGAGCAGAAAUCGCUCGUUCUUGGUGGUGAAGCGUGCAUGUGGUCAGAGGUGGUGAAUGGGAACAAUAUACUGCCGCGCAUUUUCCCACGCGUGUCUGCAACUGCGGAAAAGCUUUGGUCACCCGCAAGCGUCAAGAAUGCGGACGAGGCGGCUCGCAGAUUGGAGGAGCAAACGUGCCGCAUGAACCAUCGAGGAAUACCAGCUCAGCCACCGAACGGUCCUGGAUUCUGUAUUUAAGGUACCCACAAUGAAGCAGGAUUGCAGAAAUGUUGUAUUAAAGGAAAUCAAUAAACAUUGGAACGAAUAAUAUCUUUUUGACACCAGUAAGACAAACAGUAGUACCGAUGUAUGCAUAUCUAAGUUCUGUUGAAAAUAUUGACCUGUAAAACACCAUGCUGCGAUGUAGCGGCAUCUAUCGGGAGGUACCGUUACUAAUGUGAAAUGUCAGAUUCUAUUUAAAAUUAAACGAUAUUUUUUUACAAUCGAUAUAUCGUGAAAUAUUUCAGAAAAUACAGCAAUCAUCAAAAAAUA